UGGCGACCGCACAGAGCUGGACAACGGCAAAAGGAUCAGCUGCUCAUUGAUGCUGUGGAGAGCAGAGUUGCCACUGUAGAGAAGUUUCCAGAAAGAAGAUAAGCGUUCAGAGGUCAGGCUCUGCUGGGACACAUAACACCUGCUUUCACCUUUUCCUGGUCAUAGUGAGAUCACUGCCAAACGAAGAGAGGUCCAGGACCAGUUGCACCUCUUGAAAACAUCCAACAACAUUUUCUGCAUCCUUCCCCCUUGUCUCCUUCUUCUCCGACACCACCAUGGACCGCUCGGCGCAGGAGCUGUUCCUCAACUUCAUGAUCGUCUUAAUCACUGUGCUGCUGAUGUGGCUGCUGGUGAAAACUUACCAGGACUGAACCAUGGAGCAACAAGAGAGGGGAUGAACGAGAGGUAGAGAAACGUUCAGAGGGAAGCCAGCAUGGUUACUGUAGGAUUCUGCUGCUGAUUGAUUCUUGUUCAGGCACAGUGUUUACAUCUUUUCAUGAUGGGCACUGGUCUGAUUCAGAGCUCUAGUCUUCAUAUGAGACCAAGACUGUAUAUAAAGAUGGACAACAUGACAACUCCCCAAAAGUGAAGCCAAAACAUCUUAGUGGCUGGCUGCAGUGUAAGUCAGUGUUAGCAAAAGGGAAAUGGGCCAAACUAUAAACUCAAAGUAUUUGUCAAAUAGGGGUUAGGUUUACCUAAAGAUGGUUACUGUCAUAUUAGGUAGGUCUUAUGUUCAAGUGUUGAUUUUUCCUGAUAAUUUUGGUUUUAAUUAGUUAUUUGAUGCUUUAAAAAAAGGGGGGUUGACGUCAUGAUUGACAGCUGUGUGUGUUCGUGAUCAAUGACGCUGCUUGGGAUUAGUUGGACAGGUGUAUAGGUGGAAAACAAGUACUAUGGAGAUCGCUACUACACAGGCUCUGGCUCCAAAUGAUACCAGCACACAAUUGCAACCACUGACUCUGGGUUAGUUUGGCUUCAUUUUUCAGCAGUGGGAGGAAGUGAAGACGCAUUGUCCAUCUUUAUAUACAGUCACUGAUAUGAGGUCAUAAACCAGGGCAGAUUGACAAUGACAAACUCUUGGAUCUGUAUUUGUAUUCUGAGAUGUUUUUCGACUGUGGCUUUGAAUUUCUGGCAAGACCCGAAGGGAAGGUCACAGUAGAGAUGAGGGAGUGAAUAAAAAUAAAUCACCAGGGGGGGUUUGGCUGUAUUUUUUCACCGUGGGAACCUUUAAAAUGAAGGCUAUAAAACACUGCAAUGUCACUAUAAAUAGCACAGUCGCCCAUGUCAUUUCCAAAGAUUGUUUCAUUUACGUAACCUUUGACACAAUGAACUCUGCUGUUGUGUCUGUUGUUCUGUUUGUACUAAGUGAUGAAUGUGUCAGUGAAGAUACCGAAGAGACAUUAACACAAAUAAUGAAGCAUUAUUUUUAUGUUCACUUUUUGCCAUUAAACAGUCUUUCAUU